AGUUUUGUUAACCCUAACUUCCUCAAUAAGCAUAAACUGAAAAUUCCUCUUUUAUCCGUAUCUUAUGGAUCGAUACCUCUGAUUCCACUUAGUUUCACAAUUGGCUAUCAUGAAUCCACAACCCAUCAAUCGCUUAAUCACAGACGAUCAUGAAGAUAACGAUCCUGCGAAUAUCUCCAUGAAGACUACUCCUGGUUUGCGGGUUUUCAAGCCCAUCAUCCCUGAUAUACCUAAACGAGACCCUAAAAUUUAUUUGGAUGAUGCUUGGACAAAGCUAAAGCCAGCUAUAAGAACCAUCUUCCUCGAUGAGCCACAAGAUUAUCACUGCUCUGAGAUUUUCAACGCUGUUCAUAAAGCAUGGUGGUCAAAGUCAUCAGGAGAAACCCUUUACAAGCUGAUCUUGGAGGAGUGUGAGAUAUACAUCUCUGCAGCUAUACAGUAUUUCGAAUCGCAUUGCGAUGAUGAUCCCUCUGUUUUCCUGCCACUCAUGGAGAAUUGUUGCCUGGAGUUUCGCCGCAAGUUGCAGGAUCUCUGUAGCAUUGCGUAUGAAGGUCAUACAGUUGGUCUGAAAUCAUUGUGGGACUUGGGUAUUGAGCUUUUCCCCAAGCAUCUCUGCUUAGCCUCUAAAGUUCGUGACAAGCUUCUUUCCAUCAACUUAAACCUCAUUAGAGAUCAAAGAUUAGGCAAGGCUGUUGACACGACUCAGCUAAAGAAUCUUUGGGUUUUGUUGCAUGGGCCAUGGUUCUACAAGUCGGGCUUCUUCGAGAAGCCUUUUAUGGACUGCGCUGUUGAGUUUUACUCAGCAGAAUCACUGCAGUUCAAGGAGCAGUCCGACAUUCCCCAUUAUUUGAAGCAUGUCGAGCAAAUGCUGCGUAAGGAGAAGGAAAAUUGCAGACACCUCUACUUUUUUAGAGGGUUCAAGAAAUCGUUGAUGGAGGCUGUUGAGAGAAUACUUCUAAGGGAUCAUGUUUCUGUCAUUCUUGAAAAGGGUUUUGUGAAGUUUAUGGAUGAGAGAAGCCAUGAUGUCCUUAGUAGGAUGUAUCGUUUGUUCUCUAAGAUGGACUUACUGGGGCAGUUGAACGAUGCUUUGAACUCCUAUAUUUUGCAAACCGGGCAGAAGAUGUUAAAGGAAGACUCAUCAUUGGCGGAGUUGAAGAAAAAUAUUGACAAGAUUUGCCACACUUGUUUCUCAGAAGAUGCUUCGUUGGAGAAGACAGCCAAACAAUGUUUUAAGGAUCUUGGUUUGCCUUGGGAGGAAUCAGAAACAGAGUCUCUGCAGAUUAAACGGAUUCGAUUCGAUCGGCUAGGGCGUUUACAUUAUGGGCGAUUCUUAUGA